GCAUGCGGCAAGCAGAUAGCACCUAAUGACUUCUCGUCACUCUCUUGACCCAAUCGCGACUCUGGAUAGUGUUUCUAGUUUUUUUGGUUGGAGUUUCAAAUCCCCCCAUCACAUCCAGCCAAAUAUGUUCGCCCCUCUGAUGCGGCCACCGCUAGCGAUACGCACCUGCCGAUUUUAGUCGAUCUGUCGAACUGUCCUGUCUCAUGCGGCAUCCAUUAGUUAUAGUGAAGCCCCGAUAUGGGAAGGCAAAGAGAGCAGCAUCUGAGGGACCGAACGUCGUUAUCACCGAUGCUGUCACAGCAUAUGCAUUUCGAAGUCGCCGUCUGGCAGCAACAUACCUAUUUGCUCUUGGGUCUGCACCAGAACCUGCUGCUUGGGGUGGAUGGGAUGAUGCUAUUUGCCUUUGUUGCAAUUUCGGAGUCUUUCCGGACGGACGCUGAUCCAUGGAUCGCCAGCAGUACGGUUCCCAACGCCUUUUCCUUUGCCCUCAUUGUGCGUCAGCAGCUACUUCGAGGUAUUGAUCGUGCUGCGUGUUCGCUGCAAAAGUCCCCCUCCCCCCUACCUAUCCAGGUUCAAAGCAAGCCAGUCUGCGGUGCGCCCGAUUCCAUCCCGCACUCGCACAAAUCCGUUCUGCCGUGCCUGUCCCCCAAAACUAUGGGCAUAUGUUUGUUUAAUGGAAAGGCCAUGCAUGGACCCCUCUCUCGCUUGCGCAGAGCCAUUGGAGAUACACACGAUGCAAGAUGAACAUGCAAGGGCGAAAAAUCCGCUGAGCCCGUCAACCCCCUACGUAAUGGGCGUCAUUGGAUACCUCCCAACGUCCGAGCAGAACGCAUCACUUGAGACCCCCAACUCAGCUCGACAUGCCAUCGUCAAUCAAAUGCGGCAUGUCUGGCCU